AUGCAGGUCGUUGUAACCUUCUUUGCAGCCACCUCUUGGCGGAUGCCCUUGCGCCUGCGACGGCGUCUAAUUGUACAUUCGUCUGUUUCGUCCGCCCACGCAGUCAUGCGGGACGCCAUCCUCGACUCCCGCCAUCACCGCCGCCGCCGCCUCCGCAUCCGCCUCCGCGCACCCCCACAAUCCACAAUCCCCUCCGUCAUCUCGCCUCCUGCUUCGACUGCCACCCCAACUACCGAUCGGGUAGGUCCUUACCCCAGAACUACGGUUCAAUAUGCCGCUAUUAUAGGCCGUACCAAGACACGCUCGCCCUCACCCACGUCGUCGCCCACGUCCGCCACGCGCUGCCAAGCUCACCCAUGCCAUGCGGACCGUAACGUAACUUCUGCUCCAUGUGACUUCUUGCCUCAGUCUACAACUACCUGUCAGGUACUACGUGUAGAUGCUGCAGUGGCCGCCUGGCCUUCUGUGCCCGCCCCUUCCGCCCCGUCCACAACCUCCUGCGUACCGCCACCUCCCUCCGACUAG